AUGUCUGACUUUGGCGACGACGACCGCGAUCCCAUCGCCGAUGAGCCCGCCUUCGAGGAGGACCCCGAUGAGUACUACGAGCCAGUGGAAGAUGACGAAGCCGACAACCGCCCCGUUGGCGAUGACGAAGACCCAAACCAAGUAGUCAACUCUGGCGACCCCAACGCGGCCGCCAACCACGGCAAGGGCACUGAGAAGUCGCACAAGGACAAGAAGAUUCCCAACGACCAGCGCAAGACAACACCAUAUAUGACCAAGUACGAGAAGGCGCGCAUUCUCGGCACAAGAGCUCUCCAGAUCAGCAUGAAUGCGCCUGUGCUGGUUGACCUUGAGGGUGAGACGGAUCCCCUGCAGAUUGCCAUCAAAGAGCUCAGGGAAAAGAAGAUUCCCCUCAUUGUGCGCCGGUACAUGCCUGAUGGAAGUACGAGGACUGGACCUGCGAGGAACUCAUGCAAUGAUUAA